AUGACACUGCUUCAAUCCCUUAGCGUCCAUGGUGGUGUCUGCAAGGGAUCAAGGGGCGGUGAAGAUGGCCCGUCGCUACUGUUCAAGUCCGCUGCGCCGGUGGUGGUCGGGUCCGAGGCUUGCGAUCGGGCGUUCCUCUGGAUCCGAGUCGUCUCUGGUGCUGAAACGAACGGGUGUGACAGUGGUGGCUGCGGGUUCCUCUGGUGGUAUCGGCAGCCGCGGUUGGUUUGGUGCGGGAGCAUCUUGGUUGACAAGUCUCUCGGUGCGGCUCAGGGGUGGCGUCUUGGCAUCUCUGGACGGGGUCAUUGUUCGAUUUGCCCAGCUCUAAUCAGCCGUUUGUUAGAGUGUCUAAAGCUCGUGCUCGGGCAAUGGGUCUGUUUCUUCGUUAGGGGCCUCUCGGGGUGCCGUCCUGUUGGAGGUGUUAGGAGAGUUUGCGGUCGAUAUUAG